GAUCAAGCGACGAGCGCAUGCCGCCCGCCGCACGCGAAGCAGUGAAUGCUCACGUUGACUCGCUCUCGACUUCAAGUGUGAGUGGGAAUGUCUCCACUCAGUCACUUGGUAAGCUCGUCUACGGAUCCAGCACCUUAAAAGCUUUCGUUACCUCGCUGUGGCGCGCACUCUCUCAAUCCGCACCGAGAUCGCAGCCUGCCGGGCCGAAGAAGAUCAGGCAGACCCUUUUGACCAAGACAACAGAGUAACUCUCAAAAACGCAAAGUCGUGUCCACAUUUGUCGCUCAUCUACGCCAACGAGUAUGUCUUCAGAUGUAGAGAUGGAGGACGCGUCGGGCGGUGGACAGGCGACGGAGAAUGGCAACAGCUCCUGGCCUUCCAAGGGUCUCGACAAGGGCAAGGGAAAAGCAAAGGCUAAAGAGGAGGAGAAUGAAGAUAGCGUGGAUCUUUUGCCUUGGGUGGAAAAGUAUCGUCCUAGCACGCUGGACGACCUCGUUUCUCACAAGGAUAUCACAGCGACGGUCGAACGCUUCAUCGAUGCGAACAGGUUACCUCACCUGCUCUUCUACGGUCCGCCGGGAACGGGCAAGACGAGCACGAUCCUGGCAAUGGCCAGGCGCAUAUACGGAGAGCGGUGGAAGAACAAUGUGCUCGAGCUCAAUGCCUCAGACGAUCGAGGAAUAGAAGUCGUACGAGAACAGAUCAAAAGCUUUGCUAGCACGAGGAACGUCUUUAGCGCUGUUGGAGGCGGUACCACUGCUGCACCUGGCGGCUACAAGCUCAUUGUACUAGACGAGGCAGAUGCGAUGACCACCGCUGCUCAGGGCGCGUUGCGGCGAGUCAUCGAGCAGUAUACGAGGAACGUGAGGUUCUGCAUCAUUUGCAACUACGUCAACAAAAUCAUCCCUGCCAUUCAAUCAAGGUGCACGCGAUUUAGAUUCAACCCACUGGAAAUGGACCAGGUCGAAGGCCGAUUGGACCAUGUUAUCGACAGCGAAAAGUGCAAUGUGACCCAAGAUGGCAAGGAAGCCUUGCUGAAAUUGAGCAAAGGGGACAUGCGUAGAGCUCUCAACAUCUUGCAAGCUUGUCAUGCUGCGUAUGAAGACAAGAUCGACGAGACUGCAGUGUAUGCGUGCACGGGCAACCCUCAUCCGAGCGAUAUCGAGCUGAUUGUGGGCAGCAUGAUGAAUGACGAGUUCUCCACAAGCUACAACUAUGUGUCGUCAUUGAAAGUCUCGAAAGGCAUGGCCAUGGCAGACAUGGUCAGCGGCAUUUACGACUUUCUGAUGACGCUCAAAUUGCCCCCGACCGCGCGCAUCUAUCUGCUGGAUCAACUCGCCACGAUCGAGCACCGACUGAGCACCGGGUGCUCUGAGCGUAUCCAACUAUCAGCGCUGCUGGGAGCGGUAAAGGUCUCUGUGCAACUCGCCGACAAGGCAAAGAAAGCAGGUCAUAAAGCCAAAUGAUUUCCCGCACGUGUACACAAACGACCCCGAAUGACACAUGGGAAGGCACAAAGCAUGCAUGCAAGUCACCCAAA